UCUCGGUUCUUCGUUGUGCACAUCAGAUACCAUUGCCGAGAUGAUGCGGUGGUGUAAGAUGCCCGAGGGUUUGGUUUUUCGAGUUCCUGAACCCCACGAGCGUCCUUGGACGCCUCCAGCGGGUUUUAUUGCCCUCUAUGAGCAUUAUUUUACUGAUUGCGGUCUUUGGUUUCCUCUGCCGGAGUUUUUGACGUGUUACUGCGCGAGGCGCAAGAUAGCUAUCUCCCAGCUUUCUGUGGGAGGUAUCCGCAACGCAGCUGGUUUGGCGAUACUGGGUACCGAUUGUGGCGUAGAGGUUGAUGUACAUUUCCUUGAGGAGGCUACCAGGUUUACGAAAGUUAGAGGUAGUCCGGGGUACUUUUAUACUAGUGCUAAAUCGGGUUAUCAGAUCGUCACCGGAGCUGAGAAGAAGAUUCGUCAUUGGCAGCGUUAUUUUUUCUUUGUCAAGCUAGAUGAGACUUCGGUUGACAACCUCGAUAUGUUUUACGCUACUGAGUGGAAUAUGGUUCCCGGUAGCUUUGCUGUUUCUUAUCCUUACUUGUUGAUUUUCUUUGAUUGGCUUCUAACACUUAUCUUGUUUUUGUUGUUGCUUGCAGAGCCUGUCGUUCGCUUGCGUGCUCAUCCUCCAGGUUUUUUCGACAAUCUCAGGAAGAUCAGAGCGAGAGGGGCGAUUGAUUGGCCUUCGAUUACUCAGAGAUCUCGUCUACCGCGCUUAGGGAUGGGAAAAGUUAACACUCGACUUCCUCGAUACGCCGAUCAGUUCAAGAAGGCCGUUGAUGCUGGGUCUUCUUCGCGCGCUGCCGACACUGAAGUCGUUGACCCGUCAGCCGACGGAGAUGUCGAUCUGCGAGUUGCAGGAGAUUUGAGAUCGGCGGAGGUAGCCGCUACCCGCGCCGACAAAAGGGCUGCCAAGGUUCCUGCUGUCGUUCCGCGUGCGCAGAAGUCGCGUGGCGAGGCUUCUGAUGCCCUAGCGAUCGUCGCCGCUGAUUCUGGACGUCCUACUCCAUCGAGGAAGAGAGCUUCUCAUGGUGAGGUGGUUGCUCCCGAUCCCGAAUCGUCCAAGAGAUCUAGGAGGGAUGGCAUACCGCGCGACACCACUGAGAUUGAUGAUUCGUUCUCCUUUUCUUACAAGACAAAGGAUGAGUUGUUUAUCAACAACGCUACUGCUUGUGGUGAGCUUGCUAGCAAGGUUCGCGGCUCCUUCGACCCGCUUCCCUCUGUGGGUUCUCUCUAUGAUCCCGAGCUGUAUCGGUCGUGGGCUCGGAAACACUUCCAGGAUGGUGGUGGCGUGAAACGUAUGGUCGUCUCGUACGAGCGUCGCAUUGCCGAGCUGGAGAAGCAACUUGCUGAUUCUCGUACCUCUGAACCAUCGAGGAGAUCGGCUGAGGAGCUUCGUCAGGAUCUCGAUAAAGAGCGAGGGGUUUCUGCUGUUCUUACGAAGCAAACUGCCGGUUUCAGGAAGCAAGUGGCCGAUCUCAAGGCUUCUCUUAACGCUUCCCGCUCUCGUCUUGAGCAGUUUGAGGUUGAUCACGCGUUUCAGAAGGCGCAGUUGCAAGCAGAGCGGCAUGGCAUCGAUGUCGAGGUUGCCGACUACAAGUCUCGUAUUGAGAGGAUGAGGAGGCAUAUUAUUGACAACAGAGCGGCGCAGGAGUCUCUUCUGACUUUGAGCCAGGUGAGCGGCACCUAUGAUUGUCUUCAGGAGCUGGUGAAGAGUGGUACGGUCAUUCCGUCGAAGACUUUGCUCGGCUUGGAGGCUGACGUGAAGAUGUGGGAGGACAAGGUUCUUGGUUUCGAUAUUGCCGAUGUUUUGGACAGCGACCUCGAGGCUCUUCCAGAGACCGCGAUCGUUCCUACGAACCUUCAGGUGGCGGAGGUUCCCGUGGUUGUAGGAGAGGAGGUCGUCAUGGCAGGGGCACCUGCGGGCUCGGGCGCUCAGGUUGCUGCCGAGCAGUGACUUGCUUUUGUCUUGUUUUAUUAGAACCUAUUCCCGUUUUGUAGCGGAUGUUGGGCCGUUUAGGCGAUGUACUUUUCCUUUUUGGAACUUUGCUAUGUUUUAUCCUCUCGUUUUUUGACAUGCGUUGAUCGUUUGAUGGAUGUGGUCUUCGAGGGUCACUGUAUUGGCCACUUCACCUUGAAAAUUGUAUCUUUUGUUCUAUAAAUUGUUCCUCAAAUGCUCGUUUCUUGCUAUUCCGCUUUUCCAACCAUUUCUCUCUUUUUUUUUUU